CCACGGGGCCCUGAUUAUAAUUCGUGGGCCCUGAGUGGCCCCAUCGCCUCGGUGAGGAGGCCCACCGAGGUUGCCCGAGUUGGGCCUCUUCGUCCAAAUCCCCCCUCGUCCCCCCCUCGGUGACUGGGCCAUGCGGGCUUCAGGGCCCCUGUGGGGCCCAAAUGGCCAAGGCCUGAUGCUGCUUCUGACUUUUGUGGCCCUGGGCCCAAUGCUGACGUGUGUGGUUGCGUGGGACGCCACGGACAUGGAACUGUUCGAUCUGGUGGAGGAGGUGCAAAGGAAUUUCUACGAUGUCCUUGGCGUUAACCAGGCGGCUCCCCCCAGCGAGAUCCGAAAGGCGUACCACCGUAUGUCCCUUCUCCUCCAUCCUGACAAGAACAAGCAGGACAACGCAGAGACGCUCUUCAGACAGCUCGUGGCCAUUUACGACGUUCUGAAGGAUGAGGACAAGAGAGGGAGAUAUGAUACAGUUCUGCAAAAUGGGCUGCCAGAUUGGAGGGACACAGUCUUCUACAUCCGACGCGUGCGCAGGAUGGGUCUCACGGAGUUUUCAGUCCUCCUCUUCCUCAUCCUUACCGUGGGUCAUUACCUUGUGGCCUGGUCAGUCUACCUGGAGCGACGCUUUGAGCUGCAAGAAGUGUUCACCAAGCGCCGGAAAGAAAAGAAACGGAAGUUUAAUAAAAGCAGUGAAGUGGAGGAAGACAUAAUUGAGACUCUUCCAGAAGAAGUGAGAAGGCUUCUGGUCAAGCCAACACUUUCAGAUCUACUACCGUGCAUUUUUUGCCGGCAGUUCCUCCUGCUGCUGAGGUCUCUGCCUUCUCUCUAUCAGGAUUGUGUGCAUUGCUACCAAAGCUGGAAGAAGCGGAAAUAUGAAGCAGAGGCACCGUGUCAGUCUAAAGAUGGAACAGAAGAGAAAAGACAGCCUAGGCAGCGGCGAUCACGGCUAGAGGCCAUUCCAGAGUUGGGAAGCAAAGAGGGCAUUUUAGGGGGCCUCCGUGCACCCCUACCACUUGACGCACCAGCCUUGGAGGAUCUGGAGAGGCAGUUGGAUGACUGGCUCCAGGAGAAGCCAACUGAGCACAGACACAAGGAUCAGGAGUGGACUGAGGAGGACGGCUCUCGUCUGGCUCGUCUCAUGGUGAAGUUUCCCGGGGGCACCCCGGGGCGCUGGGAGAGAAUUGCCAAUGAGCUUGGCCGCUCCGUUACACAGGUUACAACUAAAGCAAAGCAAGUCAAGGAAUCAAUUACCCAUACAGCAGGCCUCACCAAGCUCAGCACGCUCAAGUCUGUCCCUUUGGCCACCUUAGCCGAAGAGACGGCACCAAAUUACGAGUGUCACACAGAAGCAGACAUGUGGAGGACUGAAGGGAGCAGUGGGAACUCGGAGAAACUGAGCGACGGAGAGCCUGGGGAAGGCGACAGGGAUGAAGGUGGCCUGGAGGCAGCUGGCAAAAGGGACGGUGGAGGCAGGCGGAGACGUCCGAAGGGCGGCAACCCUGCCGAGCGGGCCGCCCCAUCGAGCGAUGGGGCCAUCGCCGAGCGGCAACGCGGGAGGAGGCAGAAGGACUUCCUGGAGGAGGAUGAUGACGCAGAAGAGGAGCGACCUGGGAGGAGUGGGGAGCCAGUGCCUGGAGGGGCUCAGUCCGCAGGUGGCUCUGCAGAGGGUGGUCCAGCCUGGAGCCAGAACCAACAGAAGUUGCUGGAACUUGCACUGCAACAAUUCCCGAGAGGAACUGCGGAGCGAUGGGAGAAGAUCGCAAAAUGUGUGCCAGGAAAAACCAAGGAUGACUGCACAAACCGGUACAAGCUCUUGGCCGAAUUGGUUAAAAAGAGGAAGCAACAGAACUAGACGUCAUGCGUGCUCUCCGGACUUCGUUACCAGUGAAGUGGUGAAGUGGUCGACUGCCUGUUAAGAUUCAUCCUAGCAGCUCUUGCCGUUGGUGGAAGAGUGGGCAAUGUAGUAUUCCAGGGAUACUGCUUUGCGUGUUUUAAUAUCAAAACUAAGUUCAUAGUAAACCGUGAUUUUAUAAGGCGUUUUGUGAUGGUAUAUUUAACAUGCUGAGUUGUGACAUCUGGAGGUCACUUAAAAGUGUUUUCGUGAAAGUUGCUGCAAGUGAGCACACCACCGUGUUAUAUUUCAAGCCCUGGUACACCAAUGUCCUGUGAGAUGAAUAAAUAAUUUUAUGCAGUGCA